UAACUUCACGUGCGUCAGUUGACUUAUUUUCGGUCGGUUUACUCAGUCAAAAUGGCAAGUAAUUCUAAAAAACCAGAUCCAAAAGCAAAAACUUUGAGCCCAGACGAAAUUCUGAGCGGAUUCCAAGCGAUGCGUGCGGAACAAAGGACUUUGACUACAAAAUUGUCCGAAUUCGAAUACGAUUUAAAUGAGCACAAAAUGGUCAUUGAAACCCUGAAGAACGUAAACGAUGAUAGGAAAUGCUUUAGAUUGGUCGGCGGUGUUUUGACAGAGCGGAAAGUUAAGGAUGUUCUUCCUGUGUUGAUUUCAAAUCAGGAAAACCUGGCUGAACUAAUUGAGAAACUCAAUGAACAAAUCACCAAAAAAGGACAGGAAAUAAAUGAAUAUAGGGAGAAACACAACAUCAGGUUCAGAGGAUUGGACACUCCCAAGACGGAAGAAUCCGUGACAGAAAGCAGAGGCAAAGUCCUUGUUUCUUAACAGUGAUUGAUUAUUUAUAUGAUACUUCAAAUUCACAUGUUAAUACAAAAAGUUGUACAAAUGUUGUUUAAUAAAGAGCCACACUUGAUGAUGGCUCAUACUGUGAGAGUUAGAACCUUUUUGUAUUAGCAGAGUAAACUGAGACAGUUGGAAACAUUAUUUAUUUUACUAUGUGUUUUUUUUCUCAUCAUCGUUUUGGCUUAUUUACUAAUAUAAUGUAUUAGAUAUGUCUUAUUAAAAACGCAUUUAUAUUCUCCAAA